AUGCGGCUGGGGCGGUAUGCGCGGCAUGCCUGGUAUGCCGGGCUCGGGAAAGGCGCGCGCGCCCCGCCCAACGCUCCACGUUCCACGCACCUCACCCCUGCCCACCCCUUGCCCACUCCUGCCACGCUCUUGCCUAUGGCCCCUGCCCACCCGCCGCCACUGCUCUUGCCUAUGCCCCCUGCCCACCCUUGCCCACGGCUCUUGCCUAUUCCCACUGCCCACACCUUGGCCUAUUCCCCUGCCCGCCCCUUGCCCAACCCCUGCCCACGCUCUUGCCUAUGCCCCCUGCCCACGCUCUGCCUAUGCCCCCUGCCCAACCCUUGCCCACCCUUUGCCUAUUCCCCCUGCCCACAUCCUUGCCCACAACCUUGCACAUGCCCCCUGUCCAUCCCUUGCCCACGCUCUUGCCUAUACUCCUUGCCCACUCCCUGCCCACGCUCAAGCCUAAGCCCACUGCACACGCUCUUGCCUAUACUCCUUGCCCACGCUCUUGCUUAUGCCCCCUGUCUAUGCUCUUACCUAUGUCCCCUGCCCACUCUCUUGUCUAUGCUUCCUGCCCUCUCCUUGCCCAUGCCCCCUGUCCACCCCUUGCCCAACACUCUAGCCUAUGCCCCUUCCCACGCGCUCUGCCUAUGUCCCCUGCCCACCCCUUGCUCACACUCUAUUCUAUGCCCCCUGCCCAUUCUCUUGCCUAUGCUCCCUGUCCUCCCCUUGCCCACGCUUUUGCCUAUGCCCUCUGCCUACGCUCUUAUCUAUGCCCCCCCCUGCCGCGCUCUUGCCUGUACACCCUGCCACCACUUGCCCAUUCCCUGGCCACGCUCUUGCCUAUGCGCCUGCCACUCCCAACCCACGCUCAUAGUGCCCAUGCCCACUGCCACCCCUUGA